GGCUCAUUUUAAUUUCAUCAAUUACUAAUGCCUGGUAGAAAUUGUAGCAAUAUGAAAAGAUCGAGCGACACGAUGUUAGACCUCGGCUAACAUGGUGGACCUUUGGCCAUUUUCUGUCUUCUAUCGAGCGUAUUUUGGUACCAUGAAGUUUAAGGAGCGUUUUGCGUUUUGCCUCUGUGUAGUUGUUCUUAUAGUACCAUUUAUUUGGUUACGAAUGCGAGUCUCGGACAAGAAGCACCCGCUGUUACUUUCUGUUCAUGAAGAUUCACAGUUUCCGGUGGACGAAACGGAUUUCAACAGAAUCGAUCAUUCUCAUCAUCAUGUCCAGCGAUCAAACGAGGAAAUGGAAAGUGUGAAAACGAACACUGAUUCUAAUGACGUACAUGUAAAACCAAGGUUAGAGAAGCGAUUUGUAGAAAAGGAUCACAAAAACACAGUUAGUAAACACGACAACAACGCAAGGAAUGCCAAUAAUGAUGUGGACUAUGAAUAUGACGACCCAUGGUUGAUAUGGAAAGACAUGGUCAAAUCUCGACAAAUUACCCCUCCUGAUGACACUGAUGCAGUCAAUAUGAUAUUAGAAGCCAUGAUGUAUAAACCUGUUAUAGCAGCCGGCGUUGGAUACCGUGGCACACAGUUGAAAGCCACUUUAACUCUUGAGGGAAAGCAGAGAGUAGUUUUCAAGCCUAAGAGAUAUCCUAGAGACUUCAUAGUGGAAGGAACUCCGUAUGCUGGUUUUGACAGACAUAAUGGAGAAAUUGCAGCAUUUCAUUUGGACAGAAUUUUAGGGUUCUACAGAGCUCCACCUGUUGUUGGAAGAAAUAUAAACUUAGAAGAUGAGAUAGAACCUAUAGCAGACAAGCGACUUCUAGACACUUUCUUUAAAAAGGGCGGAGAUACCUGUUUCUAUGGUCGUUGUUACUACUGUAAGAAAGCAGAUGCUGCUUGUGCCAAUGGUACAGUCAUGGAAGGCUCAGUAACAUUAUGGCUACCGCAAGGUUGGCCCCUCACAAAGUGGUCACAUCCUUGGCAGAGAACAUACAGCGAUACAAGAAAGGCAAAGUGGGAGACAGACAACAACUACUGUAAAGAGAAGGUGGUGAACAUGUCACCUUAUGAUUCUGGCCCUCGUCUGCUAGAUCUCUUGGACACAGCAUUGUUUGACUUUUUAAUAGGAAACGCAGACAGACAUCACUACGAGACCUUUUUAAAAGAGGAAGGUACUGGAAUGCCAUUGCAUUUGGACAACGCCAAGAGUUUUGGCGAUCCUUAUCACGAUGAAAUCUCCAUCCUGGCUCCUAUUUAUCAAUGUUGCAGAAUUCGACGGUCUACCUGGAAUCGCUUUCAAUCUAUAGCUACAAAGAACACGCCCUUAAGUGAAAUUCUACGGAAAGCAACAGAAGAAGAUCCUGUGGCGCCGGUCCUAUCAGAUCCUCACUUCAGAGCCAUCGACAGAAGAAUGAAAAUCGCCAUUGACACGAUAAAGAAGUGUAUCAAAAGCCAUGGAGAGGCUGGAGUGUUGGUUUCUGAAGAAGAUGUUUAGAGUUUAACGGACU